CUAAGGCUGCGACCUUCCAUCUAUAAGAGUUUCAGUGCAGAAUCCAUCAAUCAAAGCCGGUUUUCUGCAAUCGAUAUUCCAGACUGAAAUAUGUCAAGUGACUUAGGGGCACCAUUAACUAGUCGAAGGACUGGAUCGAGUUCCUUGAAUGCAUGCUACAAUGUAACAAACGCGUUCUUAGGAAUCAGUUUACUAACAGUCCCUUAUGCACUAUCGAGAGGAGGGUGGUUGAGCUUGGUGUUCUUUCUCGUAAUUGCUGCUUUGACUUUUUACACUGGCAUUUUGCUAAAGAGAUGUAUGGAUGCUGAUCCAUCAAUUAGACACUACCUAGACAUCGCUGAACGAGCAUUUGGUAAAAGAGGUAGAGUAAUAGUAUCAAUCAUCAUGAGCUCCGAGUUGUUCCUUAUUGGAAUUGGGCUUUUGAUUCUAGAAGUCGACAACUUAGAGAAGUUGUUUCCAAAUUUUGCGGUCAAGAUUGGUUCACUGAUAAUCAGUGGAAGAUGCUCAUUUGUUAUCAUUACAGCACUAGUUAUCUUGCCCUCUAUGCUCUUAACUGACUUGACUAUACUAUCUUAUCUCUCUGCUAUGGGAGUGUUUACUUGCAUUGUCAUAGUUGGCUCCAUUUUCUGCGUUGGGGCACUUGGUGGCGUUGGAUUUCAAGCAAAGGGAACGUUGUUAAAUGUGGAUGGCAUUCCUACUGCAGUUAGCUUAUAUAUUGUUUGCUUUGGCGGACAUCCUGCGGUCCUUCAAUUUAUAUUUCCAUGAGAGAAAGAUAUCAUUUCAGUAAGGUUUUACUGUCUAGUUAUUGUCUCACAACCUUAACUUACAUGCUAACAGCUGGGUAUCUCAUGUACGGAGACAACGUAGGAUCACAAAUAACUCUGAAUCUACCAAGUGGAGAAGUUAGUGCAAAAGU